GUCACACACAUUUGAGUUGUGGCAGCAAAGCAAAAGCAAACAAUCCAUGGAGAAUCUUUUCCCUAUCCCAUACGGCGUCGUGUUGGCUGUCGUCGCUCUGGUCUUCUCAGUUAUAUGGUACAUCAAACUCAAACGGCCGGCGAGAAGUCCGUUGCCGCCGGGACCUCCAGGUCUUCCCGUCGUCGGAAACCUCCCGUUCCUCAAGCCGGACCUCCACGUAUAUUUUGAGACUCUCGCCCGAAAAUACGGCCCGGUUUUCAAACUCCGGCUCGGGGCCAAACUCGUUGUCGUGGUCACAUCUCCGGAGGUGGUGAGUGAGAUACUGAAGACACAUGACGUUGCAUUCUCCAACCAUGAUGUCACCGCCACGACACUCAUCGCCAUGUACGGUGGUGCGGAUAUAGGAUGGACUCCGUACGGACCGAAGUGGCGGAUGCUGAGGAAAGUGUGCGUUAACAGGCUGCUGAGUAACAGCGUCUUGGAUUCCUUCUAUGGCCUCCGCCGCCGGGAGAGCCGACAGAUAGUUAGGUACUUGGCUAGUCGGGCCCGGACCGGGUCGCCGGUAAAACUCGGAGAACAGAUAUUUUUGACGUUAUUUAACGUCAUAACGCAGAUGUUGUGGGGUGCUACGGUUUCCGGUGAAGAGAGGGAGAAAACCGCAACCGAGUUCAAAGAGUUGGUGUCCGAGAUCGUCGGUUUAAUUGGUCGGCCAAAUAUUUCUGAUUUUUUCCCCGGUUUAAGCCGGUUCGAUCUGCAGGGUUUGGCUAGGCAGAUGCGUGGAGUGUUCGAACAAUUCGACCAGAUGUUUGAUCGGAUAAUUGAUCAACGACUGAAAACUGAUGGGCAAAGUAAGAGAGACGGCGAGGAUUUCUUGCAGUUCUUGUUGAAAUUGAAGAACGAAGACGGAACCACAUCCUUGUCGAUGACCCACGUGAAGGCCUUGCUCAUGGACUUGGUGCUCGGCGGCACAGGGACAUCCUCGAGCACGAUAGAGUUUGCAAUGGCCGAACUUAUAACCAAACCAGAGAUGAUGAAAAGGGUUCAACAAGAACUAGACCAAGUUGUGGGUAAAGACAACAUCGUAGAAGAAUCUCAUAUCCCUAAACUUCCGUACUUACUUGCCGUUAUUAAGGAAACCCUAAGGUUUCACCCGGCUAGUCCUCUCUCAGUCCCUCGGCAGCCGAGUGAAACCAUCAUUGUCGCAGGCUACACCAUUCCAAAAGGCUCAACGGUAUUCUUUAACACCUGGGGGAUCCAAAGAGAUCCGAGUUUAUGGGAGAAACCUUUGGAAUUCAGUCCCGAAAGAUUUCUUAAUAAGUUAUACGACUUCAACGGAAACGAUACUGGUUAUCUUCCGUUCGGGUUUGGCCGGAGAAUAUGUGCCGGGAUACCCAUGGCCGAAACGAUGAUUUCAUACAAUCUCGCCAUGCUUUUGCAUUCGUUUGAUUGGAAGAUUCCAGAAGGAAAACGAUUCGAGAUUGAAGAGGAGUUUGGGUUGGUGUUGAAACUGAAAAAUCCACUGGUAGCCAUACCCAUACCAAGGUUGCCGAAUCCGAAUCUUUAUCUUUAAAUGUGAAAUAUAUUAAAGACUACGAUGCUUGAUAUAGACGUUAUCUUGAUAUCGAAUAACUAUUUGCCUGCGCUGUUACGUGAAUAUUCACUCUCCUGUUGAAAUAUAUAUGUAAUAAAACUGUGUCGUUUUGAAUAAGAUAAGAAGAUGAUACACUUCAAAGUUGGAGUGUAUAUGUUUU